UUCUGAGGCGUGAGUGUACAUGUUUUGAAAUCCACGAUCAUCGUUACAGGACAUCAGCUGGACAUCCGCAACGAUGACUAGUCAAGGCACAAUAGCCUUUGAUGAAUAUGGAAGACCGUUUAUUAUCAUCAAAGACCAAGAGAAAAAGAGCCGGCUUUCUGGCAUCGAAGCUCAUAAGUCUCACAUUCUAGCUGCUAAGAUAGUGUCAGACGUUCUAAAGACAUCAUUAGGGCCUAAGGGUCUGGAUAAGAUGAUGGUGAGUCCAGAUGGGGAACUAACCAUCACCAAUGAUGGAGCCACCAUACUGAAUCAGAUGGAUGUGGACCAUCAGAUAGCUAAACUCAUGGUCCAGCUCUCAAAGUCACAGGAUGAUGAAAUUGGGGAUGGGACCACAGGUGUUGUUGUGCUGGCUGGAGCAUUGCUAGAACAAGCAGAGAAGCUAUUGGACAGAGGAAUUCAUCCAAUCAGAAUAGCAGACGGAUAUGAAAUGGCAGCAAAGGUUGCUAUUGAUCACCUGGGAACUGUGAGCGAAACCUUUGCCAUUGAUCAGAAGAACACAGAACCACUUAUCCAGCUAGCAAUGACCACUCUGGGCUCAAAGAUUAUAAACCGGUGUCACCGGCAAAUGGCAGAGAUUGCUGUCAAUGCGAUACUGUGUGUGGCAGAUCUGGAGAGGAAAGAUGUGGAUUUUGAGCUGAUCAAGGUGGAGGGUAAAGUAGGAGGCAAGCUGGAAGAUACCAUGUUAGUCAAGGGGGUGGUCGUAGACAAAGACAUGAGCCAUCCACAAAUGCCUAAGCAAGUGAAAGAUGCAAAGCUAGCCAUAUUGACCUGUCCAUUUGAACCACCAAAACCCAAAACAAAGCACAAGCUGGAUAUCACCAGUGUAGAAGAUUACAAGAAGCUUAGGGAAUAUGAAACAGAAAAAUUUGAAAGUAUGAUUCGUCAGGUGAAGGAGACUGGGGCUAACCUAGUCAUCUGUCAGUGGGGAUUUGACGAUGAGGCCAACCACUUACUGUUGCAGAGAGAGCUGCCUGCAGUACGGUGGGUUGGGGGACCAGAAAUAGAGUUGAUUGCCAUAGCAACAGGAGGUCGUAUUGUACCAAGAUUUGAAGAGUUGACAGCUGAGAAAUUAGGAAAAGCUGGUAUUGUGAGAGAACUAACCUUUGGUACGACGAAGGACAAAAUGCUGGUCAUCGAGGAGUGCAAGAAUUCCAGGGCUGUCACUGUGUUCAUCCGGGGAGGAAACAAAAUGAUUGUGGAGGAGGCUAAGCGAAGUAUACAUGAUGCGAUCUGUGUUAUCAGGAACAUAGUGAGGGACAACAGGGUGGUCUAUGGGGGCGGGGCAGCUGAGCUUACCUGCUCACUGGCUGUCAGUAAGGCUGCAGACAAGAUCUCCACCUUGGAGCAGUAUGCCAUGAGGUCAUUCUCUGAAGCCCUGGAGGCCAUCCCUCUGGCACUAGCUGAGAACAGUGGCUUACCUCCUAUCCACACGCUGGCUGACAUCAAGUCUCGUCAGGUCAAAGAAAACAACCCCAAACUAGGAAUUGACUGCCUGAACAAAGGAAGUGCUGACAUGAAGAGUCAGAAUGUACUGGAAACCUUGUCAUCAAAGAGGGCUCAGAUCAUGUUAGCCGUACAGCUCACUCGCAUGAUUCUCAAGAUAGAUGACAUCAGAGGAGGAGCGGACAUGUUUUGAUUGGAAUCCAGAGGACUACCAGAAAGACUGGUGUACACAGGGAUUUCUGGACAGUAUUUAUUUCUUGGGAUAACCAGUGCUGAAUGAAAUUGAUCAGAAUGACCAUGUCCAGCUUGAGCCAUUACAACUUCUCUGGGACAGGUGUGUUAGGACCAGGUGUGGGUAUUAGUGUGAGGACUCUCCUGUGUUUGAGCUGUGGGCUACCUGUACUUCAGCAAGAGGGCUCGACCCUGUGUACAUGUGUACUGCACUGAACUGUGCCAUAAGUGGUCAAAGACCGUAAUUAAGUGCUAUGAAACUAAUUACAAAAUUACAAGUUAUACUGGCGCUUUUGUCAAUAAAAAAAAUUACAAUAUA